CAUGGCCGCCGCCAGCACGGAGCCGCCGAGGCUGCAGCAGCUGCUGGAACGGGACCCUUACCUGGCGCCUUUCCGGACCGACUUCCAGCGCAGGUAUUCUCUGUUUUAUAACCACUUGAAGAACAUUGAGGAAAGUGAAGGCGGCCUUGAUAAAUUUACGAAAAGUUACAAAACCUUUGGAGUUAACCAACUUGCAGAUGGUGGAAUAUACUGCAAGGAGUGGGCACCAGGAGCAGAAGCAGUGUUUCUUGCAGGUGACUUCAAUGGCUGGAAUCCAUUUUCUCAUCCAUAUAAGAAGUUGGAAUAUGGCAAGUGGGAGUUGCUCAUUCCACCUGAAGAUGGCCAUUCUCCUGUGCCCCAUGGAUCAAAGCUAAAGGUGGUGAUUCGUGCUCAAAACGGCGCCCUCCUCUAUCGCAUUUCACCCUGGGCAAGAUAUGUGGUCCGUGAUGAAGACAAAGUGAAUUAUGAUUGGGUUCACUGGAAUCCACCACAGUCAUAUAUACAUAAGAAUCCUUCUCCAAAAAGAUUAAAAAGUCUAAGAAUCUAUGAAUCUCAUGUGGGAAUUGCUUCCCCAGAAGGGAAAGUAGCUUCUUAUAAAAACUUCACAUACAAUGUACUACCUAGAAUAAAGGAUCUUGGUUAUAACUGUGUCCAGCUGAUGGCUAUUAUGGAACAUGCAUACUAUGCCAGCUUUGGUUAUCAGGUGACAAGUUUCUUCGCAGCAUCAAGCCGGUACGGGACUCCUGACGACCUGAAGGAAAUGAUUGACGUUGCUCACUCCAUGGGCAUCACAGUCUUGCUUGAUGUGGUGCACAGCCACGCCUCAAAAAACUCAGAAGAUGGUCUCAACCAGUUUGAUGGUACAGAUUCUUGUUUCUUCCAUUCUGGAUAUAGAGGCACUCACCAGCUCUGGGACAGCAGGCUCUUUGACUAUGCAAACUGGGAAGUCCUGAGAUUCCUUCUGUCUAAUUUGAGGAUGUGGAUUGAAGACUAUCGCUUCGAUGGAUUCCGGUUCGAUGGUGUUACGUCCAUGUUGUAUCACCACCACGGCAUUGGCACAGGGUUCAGUGGAGAUUACAAUGAGUAUUUUGGCCUACAUGUGGAUGAAGAUGCUUUGUGUUACCUGAUGCUGGCCAAUCACAUGAUUAAUACUUUGCACCCAGAAUGCAUAACCAUAGCAGAGGAUGUUUCUGGAAUGCCAGCUCUCUGUCGGCCUGUUGCAGAGGGAGGAGGAGGUUUUGAUUAUCGACUUGCCAUGGCCAUUCCAGAUAAGUGGAUACAGAUAAUUAAGGAGCUGAAAGAUGAAGACUGGAAUAUGGGCAAUAUUGUACAUACAUUAACAAACAGACGGUAUGAAGAAAAAUACAUUGCUUAUGCAGAGAGUCACGACCAGGCCCUGGUUGGUGAUAAGACACUGGCCUUUCACCUGAUGGAUGCAGAGAUGUACACAAACAUGAGUGUGCUCAUGCCUCUGACGCCAGUUAUUGAUCGUGGGAUACAGCUUCAUAAAAUGAUUCGUCUCAUUACUCAUGCACUCGGAGGAGAGAGCUAUCUGAACUUCAUGGGUAAUGAAUUUGGGCAUCCAGAAUGGCUUGACUUCCCCAGAAUAGGGAAUAAUGAGAGCUACCACUAUGCUAGAAGACAGUUUAAUCUUACUGAGGAUGAUCUUCUUCGCUAUAAAUUCCUAAAUGCCUUUGACAGAGAUAUGAAUAAAUUGGAGGAAAGAUUUGGCUGGCUUGCAUCUCCUCAGGCCUAUGUGAGUGAAAAGCAUGAAUCCAAUAAGGUCAUAGCUUUUGAGAGAGCAGGUCUUAUUUUUAUUUUCAACUUCCAUCCAUAUCAAAGUUAUGUGGACUACAGAGUGGGUAUUGAAACUCCAGGAAAAUAUCCUUUUCUUUACUGUUCUUAUAAAAUCCUUCUGGAUUCUGAUGCUGGAGAAUAUGGAGGGCAUCAAAGGCUGGACCACAAUACAGAGUACUUCUCUGAAGAAUUUCCUCACAAUUAUCGACCUAAUUCAAUUAUGGUGUACAUUCCAAGCAGAGUGGCUCUUGUGCUUCACAACACAGACAUCCCAAAGUGA